AUGGCUUCAAUAUCGGAAACUAUAAGCAAACACGAGGAGCGUCUCUGGCAAGUUAACCAGGAAAUUCACUCCAAUCCAGAGCUUGCAUUUGAAGAGGUUCACGCCCAUGACACCCUAUGCGACCUGCUCGAGUCGCUGGGAUACACCGUCACGCGUCAUGCUUAUGGACUCAAGACCUCAUUCGAAGCCGAGGUCGGGACCGGAGGAGGUUUGAUUGUCUAUAACGCCGAGUUCGAUGCCUUGCCCGAAAUUGGUCACGCCUGUGGGCACAAUUUAAUCGCCACCUCGUCCCUUGCAGCUUUCCUAGCCACUGCAGAGGCAAUCAAGGCUAACCAGAUUGAGGGCCGUGUACGCCUUCUCGGCACUCCUGCAGAAGAGGGCGGCGGCGGUAAGAUUGAGCUUAUCAAGGCUGGUGCCUACAAGGGAGUCGAUGCCUGCCUCAUGGGUCACCCUGGGCCUGGCAUGGAAAAGGAUGGCGUGGUUGCUCCUCGCGUUAUGGCUCGUCGCGGAGCCACUGUGACCUUCCAUGGUGUUAGCGCUCACGCCGGCAAUGCCCCUUGGCUGGGCCACAAUGCAUUGGAUGCCGCGGUAGCUGCUUAUAGUAACAUCGCCAUGCUUCGACAACAAGUUGCGCCUAAUCAGCGUAUGCACGCAAUCAUCUCCAAGGGAGGUGACAAGCCCAAUGUGAUUCCUCAUCUCACAGAGCUCCAAUUCUUUGCCCGCGCGGAGACAGACGCAGAAUUGCAAGAAACCGCCAGGAGGGUUACUGCCUGCUGUGAAGGGGCUGCGACAGCCGCUGGGUGCACGGUUGAGUUUGAAUGGAAGUCUCUAUUAGCUAUCGCUAACGUGGUUGGACCUAGGCUUGAAAACUACAAAGAAUUGCAAUGCAAUAAUAUCCUUAUUGACACCUUCUAUAAACAUUCACAGGAGCAAAAGCAGUAUUACAUGAAAGCAUUGCCUGCAGUCAGUGGCGCGUCAACGGAUCAAGGCAAUGUCAGUUAUGAGCUACCAAGCCUACAUCCUGGGUUCCUCAUCGAGGUAGAAUCACCGAAGAUCGGACCCCAUCAUCCUGGAUUUGAAAAAUCAGCCGGAACACGACAGGCAUUUGAAUCGUCCUUGCGGUUCGCUUCCAUCAUGGCUGCGACAGGCCUUGAGGUUUUGCAGAAUCCAGAGCUCCGGAGUCGAUUGUGGGCAGAACAUAGAGAGAGAUUUGGCAAGGCUGAGUAG